AUGACCUCGCUACGUACUCUGGUCCCGCGAGGGACCUUCGUAUUACACUCAAAGCAACUGCAAAGUCGUCUCAUCAUCUCUGGCCUCCGCAAUGCAUCAUCACAACCCCCAAAGCCGCGACUGUUGGAGAAGCCGGAGCGAUUCAAUCCACCGUCACAUCCAUCACGUAUCCGAGCGAAGCCGAAGUAUUACGGAGCACCAUUGAGCGAACAUGAGCGGCAGGCACAGAAGGAGAGGCGGUAUCCGCAUAUGAUGCCGCCGAAAGGCACUUUUAUGCACUGGUUCCUCACAGACAGGAGCUUGCACCUGUACAUCACUAUGGGCGUUCUCAUGUCCCUUGUAGGAGCAGUAUGGUACCAAGACUUCAUACGCACAACACCCUACGCGGACCUUCUCCCACCCAAUAACAUGAUCUUCGCCCACCCUUGGUCCUGGUUCUGGCGCUGGUGGGAAGUCUACAGUAUGCACGUCCAAUACGUCUCUACUCAGACUGCGGAGAAGAGGAGACAGAAGACGGAUGAUGUGCAGAAGAGAGCGGAGUACAGGAAGGCGCACGGAAUUGGACAGGAGGAGGGUGUGUUUGGAGGGUGGACGGCGAAGGAGGAUAAGGAUGUUUUGGGGCCAGAUCUGAGGGAGGGCGGUGUGACUAUCGCGGCUGAGAAGGUGGCUGUGGAGGAUGCUAGUCCUGUUGCGUUGUCUGCUUCUCGUGGAGGAGAGCAGACUUAUGUGGAUUUUGAGGGGAAGCCGCAGGUUACGAAGAAGAAGUGGUUCGGUAUUUGGUGA